AUGUCUCUUUGUUUUCUCUCCAUGGGUGCUUUUAUUUACCCUGGCUACUGCUAUGCUGCUGGACCAUGGACCCUGAUGAAGGUGAACGAGGCAGCGCGGUCCCAACAUAUAUCGACACGAGCUAAGAGCUGUCUGCUGCAUGGCUUCACCUCCAAGAUCAUACGGGCGGCGAUUCGGGACUCACCGCAGCAGCAGCAGCAGAAGCCGAUCCACCACUGCAACUGCCACAGCCCACUGCUUCUGAGCUUCCCGCUACACCUGCUACUGGUGCUGUUGCUCUUCGGCAGUAGUGCACAGAUAGCUGCACUUUUUGCCUCCCCUCCGCCUCCUCCCCCCAUGGCGCCAUUGGCCACCUGCGGUCCGAACACAGUGCUCUACAGGAACGGCGAGGUAGUCAGCGCCAUAGGGGCACCUGUUAUUUUAGCUGAUUAUGAAGGGCAGGUCGGCAUAGCAUUCCUUUUGCAGGUUGUGGAUGUGCCAGUAACCCCUGCUACUAUUGGUUAUCACCACACCGGGACGCCAACUAUUUUCGUACAAUGGUGGUACACAGAGCCGGGCACAUUUUACUACGGCAUGCUUUCAGAAGCCGAUUUCAACGCCGUAUACAAUGGCGCCUCUGGCUGCAGGGAGCCAAGCGAUUUAGCACCCUUGGAGAACGGUCGGCUCAUAGACUCUACUUAUACAGCCUACCUUCCCAUUUUUGAAGCUGCACCCCCCAGCUACUCCAGCUUGGUCCAACCCUGCGGCGCCCCGGUCACCUUCUACUGGUUCACUCGUUUUUUCAAUGACGAUAACACAAGUACUUCCUGGGCGGCUGCUGACUGGGUGCUGGCUAAUGACACCACCAACCCCUUCUGCCCUGACUCCCCAACUGCUUGGGGUUACACCAAGUUCGCCAUCUCAUACUGCCCCUGCCCGGCUCAGCCCCCGCCGCCAAGUCCGCCACCUCCGCCGCCAAUGCCAUCUUUACCGUCCUGUGGUGACUUUACGUAUGUCACCUACAACGGUGUCCCCGUCACUGGAUACCCAGCACCCGUAUGA